AUGGAUUGGGCAAUUAUUAGACCUAAAAUUGCAACUGAUUAUAAAAGAUAAUGUUCUGAAUUUUCAAAACCUGUAAAUGAAGCAAUAGUUCGGACUUAUUAAACUAAAGCCAAUGAUAUUAACCUAAUUUUUAGAGGAAAUUAUAAGCUCAAUUUCAAUCAGAGAAUGUUAGAUUAAGAUUUAAUUUUACUGCUUUCUUGUCUUCAGAAUUACAAGGAUUAUAUACAACAUAUAGAUCUAUCUUUUAAUGAGAUAACUAAUGUAGGAAUUCAAGAAUUAUCAAAGUUUUUAUCAGGAUGUAAUACAUUGGAAAGUCUCAACUUAUAGAGUAAUAAAAUUGGUGUGGAAGGAGGAGAGUUGAUUGCUGAAGGGAUUAAGGAUAUAUAAACAUUGACUCAUUUGAAUCUGAACUUUAAUAAUUUAUAAACAAAAGGUGCUAUGUCUAUUGUUGAGAUGUUAUUUAAUAAUAAAACAAUUUUAGAGUUAAAUUUAGCCAAUAAUGGAAUAGAUCAUGAUGGCGUUAUUGCAAUUACAUCAAUUUUGAAUUGGAAGAAUAAUUCAUUGUAAAUAUUAAAUUUGGAUAAUCCAGUGUAUCAUUCUAUUGGAUAAGAGACAGCAAUACACUUUGGCAAAAUGUUUCAUUCGAAUAGAGGAUUAGAAAAAAUAUCUCUGUAAAAACAUAAUUUUACAUGUGAUGCCAUAUACAUCAUCACAGAGCAUUUAUUAGAAAACAAUAAGUUAAGAGUAUUGGACUUAACAGCAAACCGAAUUUCAUUUAAAGGCUGUGAAGCUAUUGCUAAAUAUUUGUGCGGUGAAUAUUGUGUUUUAGAAAGUCUUAUAUUAACAUCAAAUAGAACAGGACAUUAUGGAGCAAAAGCAAUAUCAUAGGCUUUAAGCAAAAAUAGAACCUUAAUACAUUUAGAUAUGGUAAGGAAUGAUAUUGAUGACAACGGUUUGAAGAUGAUAGCAGAAUCAUUAGAAACAAAUGAUAUGCUUGUCUCACUUAAGCUUUAUUAAAAUCAUUUUGGCUAGAUGGCCUUAUAAGCAUUUCAUAAAUACAGAAUGAAAAAUAACAAAAAAUAAGCUGAAAGAUUCUGGGAUUUCCAUACUUACAUUGUAGACAAUCAUAUUGAAAUGGCCUAUGUAGAACAAAAUAUUCCUUACGAUAUUUUAGUAUCAAGUCAAUAUUUUAUUAAUUGAAUUAAUUUUUACAAAAAUUCAUAUUAAUAACAUUAAUUUCAAUUUUAAA